UCCUUGUUGCUCGAGCGUUUCCAGCAGGUUGCGCGCUGGUUCUGGAAGCGUGAGCUUUUGCCCUGCUCGCAGUUACGCCGGGCCUCCCUGAGCUCCAGGAAGGAGGAAGCGGCGCUUACCCUGAGCAGGAAGAAAGCAGCGCGACGGGAUGUUGGCCCGAGAGUCCGAGGGAGCUCCCGAUGCGGGCUGAAGGGCUGCAUCGCCCGGCGUCUCCGGGGCUUCUCCCCGGGCUCUUUGUUAAGCUCCGGUUCUCAGCCGCCAGCUCCUGGCAGGGCGACUCGGGCGACCUCUGAGACAGCUCCCCGCGCAGCCGACUCCGCUGCUCAAAAGUUUUGCUGCUCGCGGGCGGGCGGCGAAGGCGAGGCGGUGCAACCGCAGGGCGGAGUAGAAACUUUCCUCGGAUUCUUGUUUGCUGCAGCUCGGCGGCUCCGUCCUGGGGAGCCCGCCUGCCUGCCUACCUGACGCAGCGCGGUAUCUCCUCCGUCUUUAAACUUGGAGAGGAUCGGAUUUGGAGCCUCCCUUUGCGGACAACAUCGGAUUAACAAGCCUCCCGUCGAAUCGGAAGCCCCGUCCCUUCGGAGGCUUCUUCCAAGGGAAUCUCUCCCCGAGUUUGGACCCCCUUGGACAAGACUCGGGCACUGGCUCCCAAGCGUCCCUCCUUCCCUUCUUCAUGUCCCAUUAAGGGGCGACCCAGCGCUACCCGCCGCUGCUUCGUUUUCAGUUUCCGGCGUGGAGUUUAUGCUUCGAGGACGAAACGGGCCCGCCAGUGUCUCCUGCGAGCCCCGCCAUGUCGACGGCGAUCACCGCGGCGGAGAAAGUGGACGGCUUCACCCGGAGGUCGGUGCGCAAGGCUCAGAAGCAGAAGCGGUCGCAGGGCUCGUCGCAGUUCCGCUGCCAGAGCAGCCAAGUGGAGCUCUUCCCGCUGCCCCAGCUCAAAGAUGCUACUUCAAAUGAACAACAACUCCUCUUCUGUCAGAAAUUACAGCAGUGCUGUGUAUUGUUUGAUUUCAUGGACUCUGUCUCUGACUUAAGGAGCAAAGAAAUUAAAAGAGCAACACUGAAUGAACUAGUGGAAUAUGUUUCUACAAAUCGUGGUGUGAUUACUGAAUCAGCAUAUUCAGAAAUUGUAAAAAUGAUUAGCUCUAAUAUCUUUAGAACACUUCCUCCAAGUGAAAAUCCUGAUUUCGAUCCAGAAGAGGAUGAGCCUACAUUAGAAGCUUCUUGGCCACAUAUACAGCUGGUGUAUGAAUUUUUACUACGAUUUUUAGAAAGUCCUGAUUUCCAACCUAGCAUUGCGAAACGACAUAUUGACCAGAAAUUUGUACAGCAGCUGUUGGAGCUUUUUGACAGUGAAGAUCCACGAGAACGUGACUUUCUAAAAACAGUACUUCAUCGAAUUUAUGGCAAAUUCCUUGGAUUAAGAGCUUUCAUCAGGAAACAAAUCAACAAUAUUUUUCUCAGGUUUAUAUAUGAAACAGAACAUUUCAAUGGUGUUGCUGAACUACUUGAGAUACUUGGAAGUAUUAUCAAUGGUUUUGCAUUGCCACUGAAAGCUGAACAUAAACAAUUCCUUCUGAAGAUUCUUAUUCCCAUGCAUACUGCAAAGGGAUUAGCUUUAUUUCAUGCACAGCUGGCGUACUGUGUUGUUCAGUUCUUGGAAAAAGAUAUGGCAUUAACAGAGCCGGUUAUCAGAGGAUUGCUGAAAUUUUGGCCAAAAAUAUGCAGCCAGAAAGAGGUCAUGUUUUUAGGUGAAAUUGAAGAAGUUCUGGAUGUAAUAGAACCGACACAGUUCAAAAAAAUACAAGAGCCUCUUUUCAAACAAAUAGCAAAGUGUGUGUCAAGUUCACAUUUUCAGAUUGCAGAAAGGGCUCUGUACUUUUGGAAUAAUGAAUACAUUCUUGGUCUAAUUGAAGAGAACAUUGAUACAAUUUUGCCAAUUAUGUUUGGCAAUUUAUAUAAGAUCUCCAAAGAACACUGGAAUCCGACCAUUGUAGCAUUAGUAUAUAAUGUGCUGAAAACACUGAUGGAGAUGAAUGGGAAACUAUUUGAUGAACUCACAAGCACUUACAAAGCAGAAAGACAAAGAGAGAAGAAGAAAGAAUUAGAACGUGAAGAACUUUGGCAAAAGCUAGAAGAACUCAGGCUCACCAGAACUUUGUCUAACCAGUCAAGUAAUACCUCCUCUUCUCUGACAAAUAUACCAAAUGAUAGUGCCAAGAAGUUAAUUCUUUCUCAGGAAUAUUCUUACCACUAAGUAGCAGCUUGUAAAAGAAAUCAUAUUUGUGGAAAAGACUGGAUUUAUAAAGAGUCAAAUCAUUUUCUAAAAGCUCCAAAUGUUAAAGUUCAGUCCAACAAAGCAAUUUGUCCUUCCAUCAAUGCAGUUUUCUUGUUGUAACAUGGACGUUGGUUUAGUCAUCCUAGCUGAACUUCUCAGUGAAACAGAAAUCUG